CUGGCUUCAUUUGAAUGUGUGUGAGGAGGGGAGUAGAGGUCCUCCUCCGUUUCUCUCUGCAUUGCUUUAGCUCAGACACACACUCUCUCACACAUCCAGCCGCUUAACAUCGGUGAAGAAGAACUUAUGGUGCUUUCUUAAUCAUAGGGCUCAAGCGGAUGUGUUCUAAUUUUGUGUGUUUUUUUAGAUUAUCAACCAGAACAAACGGAGGAACUAGGCUAGGAACAAGUAACCUACCUAACGUUAGGUUAAGAUUUGCGCUAGCUAGGAGAUAUCUACAGCUCUCUUUUUUGCCAGAAAGUCAAAAGGAGGACCUCUUCGUUUUGUAUUCUCAGUAUUAUUAUCCACUACUUCACUUUCAGCCUUUUUUACAACAAAAAACUCGACAAAAUGACGAGGAGAUCGUGUGCCAUUUACGCUACCGGCAUUGUGUGUGCCCAUCUGCUGAUCGUGGGGAUCGCCCUCCUGGUGGCUCAGGUCUUCCAAACAAUGAUUCAAGAGCGGAUAAAAAAGGAAAUCACAUUAGGUGAGAACAGUCGAGUAUUGGGUGGCUGGAUAAACCCACCCCCUCCGGUUUACAUGCAGUAUUUCUUCUUCAAUGUUACCAACCCUGACGAAUUCCUGGCUGGCAAAGCAAAGCCGCAUGUGACCCAAAUGGGCCCUUACACAUACAGGGAAUACCGACCACGAGAGAACGUGACAUUCUUGGAAAAUGGCACGAAGAUCUUUGCCACGAAUCCCAAGAGCUUUGUGUUCCUUCCUGAAAUGUCUGUGGGAGACCCGGAGGUGGACAUGCUGACCACCCCCAACAUUCCGUUCAUUGCUGUGAUGAAUGAGAUGCACUCCUAUUCUUUCUUCAUUCGCCCUCUGAUCUCCAUGUUCAUUAAAUCACUGGGUGUCAACAUGUUCAUGACGCGCAGCGUGCACGAGUUCCUGUGGGGCUUCAAGGAUCCACUAAUGACUAAGCUCCAUACUUUGAAGCCUGAAGUAGAUGAGUACUUUGGCCUCAUGUAUAAGAAAAAUGGCACCCAUGAAGGUGAAUUUGUCUUCCAUACUGGAGAGAAGAACUACAUGGACUAUGGAAAGAUUGACACGUGGAACGGCAUAAGAAAGAUGAACUGGUGGUCUUCAGAGCAGAGUAACAUGAUCAACGGCACAGACGGCAGUGUGUUCCACACCUUCCUGUCCAGGAAGGAGCUCCUCUACAUCUUUGCUGCAGAUCUGUGCAGGUCUAUCCAUCUGGGAUAUGUGAGCGAUACAGAAGUAAAAGGGAUUCCCGCUUUCCGUUUUGCUCCUCCCUCUGAUGUCCUGGCUGCUCCUGAUGAGAACCCCAGCAAUGCCGGUUUCUGUGUGCCUGCUGGCGACUGCCUGGGCAAAGGAGUGCUCAAAGUCAGCGUUUGCCGUGAAGGAGCACCUAUAGUUGUGUCAUUCCCACAUUUUUACCAAGCUGAUACACAGUACAUUGAUGCCAUCGACGGAAUGAACCCAAACAAGGAAGAACACGAAACUUACCUCGACCUUAACCCAACUACUGGGGUCCCCAUUCGUGCCUGUAAGAGAGCCCAGCUCAAUGUGAUAAUGAAGAGAGUCCCUGGCUUCCCCCAAACCAAAUUUCUCAACGAAACCAUCUUCCCGAUUAUGUAUGUAAACGAGACCGCCACCAUCGACGACGACUCUGCCAGCCAAAUGAGAACUCUGCUCCUGAUCGUAACAUUAGUGUCAAAUUUCCCCGUGAUCAUUGUGGGCAUGGGGGCAAUCCUGCUACUGGUCCUCAUAUGCCUGGUGUGCAGGAACCGCCAGAGAAGGAAUGAAGUAAAACGUAUUGAUUUUACAGAAGCUUUUCAUUCUUUAGCUGCUACGAAAGACGACACGGCCUACACUCCAGUCAGCAACAAAUCGGACGACUCGCCUGACAGCCACGCAAACCAACCUCAGAAAAACGGCUCUUACAUCGCCAUGUCGCCAGUGGAGGCACAGAAGUGUUGAUGAAGAUCACUGCGUGGAAUCCCGCUGGAGGGAUCCACCUCCUUCAAGGACUUUUCUAUCCUUCUCUUCACCUCUUCUUUGUAUCCUCUCUCUUUCUCUCUCCACUGUGCAACACGUUCUGGGGCCAAUAAUUCCUAGAACCACCGCUGCCGCCGGCCGAAUCACCAACUGGUUCUGUGGCUGCCUGGGCGACUUCCUUCCUCCUGCUGACUUGUUUUCUUGCUCUAUGAGAGCAUGGCCUUCUCGAACUGCCAUAUUUUUUGACACAAACAAAUUGUAUUACUCGAAACACUCAGUGCUGUUUGUAGCUUUUUUUUUUUU